AUGCAUCCUUUGAUCACACGGAAUUACAUCUUCCAAGACAACUGGAUUCGCAUUCUGCAUAUACGGGGUCUCAUGCUGCAGAAGACGCGCUACUAUGCCGGCACUCCUAAUGGUCUCGAGGAGAUUCUCCAGACGCAGGGAAUCGACACCGUGGUCAUCGUGAGUGGUCCGAUCCAACGUCUGGUAUUCGCACGCACCUCUGGAGUCGUUAUCACAACGGCGCAGCGACUUUUUGACCUCAAUUAUCAAGUAUACGUGAUUGCCAACAAUACUAUUGAGCCCGGCGAUGGCGCAACAGUCGACAACAAUGUCAUCAACGACGGCAUCCUGCAAGGUGUCUUUCCAAAGAUGCCGCUAAAUGUAAUUACCAUCGAGCAGGCUAUUGAUGCUUUAUCCGGGUCAAGUGCAACGGUCUACUAG